UUCUCAGCUUGGAAGAGGCAUUGUCAUGUAUUCCACCGAUUCUCGGAUAUUCUUCAAGAGGUACUUCCUCGACAAGUUCUACGAAUGCGGUUGGUGAUUCGCCGUUGGCUGCAUUGAUUUGGGAAAAAUUUUUCGAUGAAGUAAAUGAAUAUCGCUUCGAUCAACAGCCAAAAUUCGAGAAACCGCAAUUUGAUGAUAGAUAUAGUCUACGCAACGAAGAAGACGUUCGCGGUG